AUGGGGGCAAAUCAGUCAAAUGAGAAAAGUAGUUUGCUUAGAAAUUUUACGUACUUGAUAGGUGAGGAUAAAGAAAAUAAACCUGGAAAUCGUGGAAGACAAACCCCUCAAUAUAAAUUAAUGUAUUUUGAUUACUUGAAUUUUUUACUAUAUGAAAUUCAACAUAAAGCUUGGAAUUGGGAUAUAUAUAAACAUUACGUUGAUAAAAAUGGAAGUAGUCUUACAGGUGAGGAAAAAUUAUUUUGUGGAUGGAAAGAUAUACAAAACAAAAUAUAUGAAACACUGAAGAAAGAGCUAAAAGGUCCAAAUCAAAACAAAUAUAAGUGGGAAGAUGAUAUAUUACCAAUAAUAGUUAUAGAACAAAAUAAAUUACGUAUUACAAAAGAUUGUAAUAAUAUAACGAUUAAAAAUAGUGAUAUCGAAGAAAUGAAAAGUCCUGAAUUUCCAGCUCUACUUGGAGCAAACAAAACUAAAUGUAAUGAUUUAAAAACAUCUGAAGAUAUACAUGUACCAUUACGUCGACGAGCACUAUUAGUUCAGGAAAUAGAUGAAUAUCUUAAAGGAAUUAAAAAAAAAAUUACGAGCCCAGAAACUUUAAAAGAAGUGUUAGAGGGUAAAAUAACUGCUGACAUUCAAAAACAAAAGGUUGUAAACGGUCUGACAAAAGAUAUGAUUGAGGGUUUAAGUGAUACGAUAAGCAAACUUAUAAAAGAUAAGCAUAAUAUUAAGGAGCAUAAUGCAUUUUGUAAAGAAUGGGAACGUACUAUGGAAGAUUACCAUACAUUAUUCUUAGGAGAUGAUAUAGUUGAUGAUAAUGAAACGAAAAAAAUUCAAUGUUUAAUAAAACAAAUUGAAGGUACAGUAGGAAAAGACAAUUUUCAAAAAGAAUGGAGUUCCUAUUUUAAAAAUAUUGUGAAAAAUUUAAAAAACCAAGAUUUUGCAAACCCUACUACAGGAAGCCCCUGUGUCAUUGACCCUAGUAACAAAACCCAAUGUGUACGCUUUUUUGAAGAAUGGGCAGAAGAGUUUUGUAUCCUCAAACGUGAUUUGGGAGAAAUGUUGGUAAACGAGUGUCGCGACACAGGUACAGGAAAAACAGGAGCUACACCUGGACCAAAUUGUAAAAAGAUAUGUGAUAUAUAUAAAACGUUAAUACAAGUUUCUAAACCGUAUUUUGAGAAUUAUAAAAAAAUAUGUGCUAUGACUGAAUAUGGAAACAAAGACCAAACUCAAGAUGAAUUACAAAACAGUUUCAUAAAAGCGGCUAUGAAUUCUAUGACUGAAUGUUGUAAAGAUAAUGGUCAUUGUACUCCUGAUGAAUUAUUUAGUCUUCAAGAAGAUAAAAGUAAUAUUAGAUAUAAAUGUUUUUGUUCAGAUGGGCAAUAUAAUUCAGAAAAAGAUACAAACCAAGAAUGUAAAAAAGUAAAGGAAGCAGAUACUAUGAAAGGAAAAGCGGUUUCCCCACCUCCACUUAGUGGCCAACCACAAGGCGGUGGUCCCACUAAUGUUGGUCCCAAAACCGUGAUGGGAAUAGCGGCACAGUUACAACAAGAAGCGGAAAAUGCAGCGAAAACACAUAUUAGUAAACUUGAAGAUUUAAAGGGGAAGCCACAUCUAGGUAAAUAUAGCCAGAAGGGCCAGGGAACUAAUUUGAGUAGUAGCAUAUGUAAUAUAACUAACCAACAUUCUAAUGAUGUUCGAACACGUGGUAGUGAUUAUCAAGGCCCAUGUACAGGUAAAGGAGGAGAUAAAAAAGAUAGAUUUGUUAUAGGAAAACCUUGGGGAACGCGUAACGAUGCUGAUGAUAACCACAAAGAAGUAUUAUUUCCUCCUAGAAGAUUAGAUAUGUGUACUUCAAACCUAGAAAAUUUAGGAAACAAGGGUGGUGAUCCAUCAUUUCUAAAUAAUGGUGCCAAAGUCAACGAUUCUUUUACUGGUGAUGUACUACUUUCAGCAUUUAAAGAAGCAGAAUUUAUAAAAACCCAUUAUACUAACCCAAAUGAUCAACCUGCUAUAUGUAGAGCUGUACGUUCUAGUUUUGCAGAUUUAGGAGAUAUAAUUAGAGGAAGAGAUAUAUGGACUAAAGAAACUGGAAAUAAAGAUCUUCAAACAUAUUUGACAAAGAUAUUUCAAAAAAUUAAAGACGAACUUCCUAGUGGUGGUAGUAGUUAUAAUAGUGACGGUCCCAAAUAUACACAGUUACGUUCUGACUGGUGGUCGGCCAACCGCGACCAAGUAUGGGAAGCUAUGAAAUGUGUGGUACAGGAUUUAGUGGCCACCACAGAAACAUAUAGUGGUAAAGGAGGAGUGAGUGGUACGGCCUCCGCUUUUUGUGGCUAUAACACCGAGGUACCUGUGGAUGACUACAUACCGCAGAAGUUGAGAUGGCUCACCGAAUGGAAUGAAAGUUAUUGCAAACAAUUGGAAAAACAUUACCUCAGUGUGAAGGAACAAUGUACGUUAUGCAAGAAUAGUGGGGAAGGUAAAUGUGAGAAAGAUAAUAGUAAAUGUAAAAUGUGUUCUGGUAUGUGCGAUACAUAUAAAGAAAAUGUUACUAAAUGGAAAAAGGAUUGGGAAAAACAAAAAACUCAAUAUACAUCAUUAUAUAACAAUGCAAAAAGUGAUAAUGAGAAAGAUUUUUUUGAUAAACUUAACCAAAACGGUAUUAAGAGCAAGUAUAAGGAUCCUGAAGAUUUUGUUGAUUCGAUGGGAGGAUAUAAAUACUGCAAAAAUACGAAACAAAAUAAAUUUAAAGAUAGCGACAAAAAUAAGGACUAUCAUGUUUUUCAAGAAAAACCCCAAGAUUAUCAAAAAGAAUGUAAAUGUAACGAGGAUCAAGCACAGGGACCUCGAACACCUACGGCACCUAAAAAAACAACAAAAUCACCUGAAAUAGAAAAAUGUCAAGAAGCUUUUAAUGGUAGUACUAGUGGUCAAGAAAAGGUAGAUUUGAGUGAUUGGGAUUGCGUAUCAUACAUUGAUAUGUGUAUAAAAAAAGGUGGCACACACACAAUAAGUGAUUAUAGUAAGAAGUUUGAUACAAUUUUUGAAGAUUGGUUAACAUCUUUUUUCGACGAACAAACAAAAGUGAAAGAAAAAUCAGACGAAUGCACAAAUUUAACACAAUCAAAAGGUUCAGGUGAUUGUAAUAAAAAUAAUUGUACUCAGAAAUGUCCUUGUUAUAAAGAUUGGAUAAAAAGAAAAAACGUAGAAUGGAGACAUUUUAAAUCAUCUUAUCAUGAUUUUCCUACGAUAAAUCCAGGUGCUUCACAAGAUAUUUUAAAGAAAUUUAAAAAACCAAUAGAUAAAUAUGUAGAGGAAAAACACAAACAGCAACUUGAGGCAUAUAAAUCUAAACUUAAAACAACUCCUGCACCUUCCAAUAUUACUAUAGACCAAAUACUUAAAGAAGAAAACACCAAAGUAUCUGAGUGUGUAAAAAGAUGCCCCAUCGUACUCACAUGUGACCAAAAAGGGUUCAAAAACGAGUGGGAAUGCAAAGAUAGUGGUAAAACACAAACUAGUGGUACUACUAACAAUAUGUGUACCAAAACCGAAGAUAGUGACGAUCCACAAGCAAGUGGUAGUAAACCAGGUAAACAAAGUGGUGCCCCACAAGCUAGUGGCACCACCGAUACCGACACGUUUUAUAAUUUGUUUAAUGAAUGGUUGCAUGAUAUGGAACAGAUGUUGGGCACAGGAAAAACAUUAGUGGAAAAAACGUGUGGGAAUAUAAAAAUGAAAGAUAAUGGCGAGAAGGAAUGUACACAAUGUAAAGAUUUAUGUGAUUGUUACAAAAAAUUAAAAGACCAAAUUGAAUCUCAAUGGGGAGAACAAAAAAAGUAUUAUAACCAACAUAAAACUAAUGCAAAAGAUGAGGAGAUGAGGGGUUUAGAACUUAAUACUUAUUUGGAAGCACAAUGUAUUUUGAAUGAAAGUGUUAAAACAGACAAAAAAAGUAUACAAACUGAAGAUUAUGCUGAUUCCUAUGAAAAAUGUGACAAACGUAAAGGAACAAAAGGCAAUUAUGUAGAUACAUUGAUAGAUCAAAGUGGUAAUGAUAAAAAGAAAAUAUGUGAUGAGUGCGAAAAACAAAAAACACCAUCAACUUCUCAGACAAAUGAUUGUGAUAAGAUUCAAGAUGCUAGUAAGUGUAUGCAAAAGGAUUUUGAAGGAUUCGGAAACAACGGUAAAGAAAAAAAACCAUGGAUAUGUAAAAGUGAUAAUAAUAAUCAAUCAUCAAAAAUUAAUGAAAAAGUUUGUGUUCCUCCUAGAGGACAAUCUUUAUGUAUAGCCAACUUACAUAAUGACAACAAGGCGAAUUUUACAGAUAAAAGUGAUAUGAUAUCAAAAUUAAAAGAUGCAAUAAAAACAGAAACAAAAUUAUUAUGGCAAAAAAAUAAAGAUGAUCAAAAAAAAGCAUGUAGGUUAACAUAUAGAAGUUUUAACGAUUUUAAAAAUCUAAUUUUAGGAACAAGUUCAUGGAAAAAUGAUGCAAUAAAAAAUAUAGAAGAUAAAAUAGGUGAAAUUAUAGGACAAAAUAGUGUAAAAACUGGUAAACCUGGUAGUAGUGGUACUACCCUUACUACUGAGGAUCGAGAAAAAUGGUGGAAAAGUAACGAAAAAGAGUUCUGGCAGGCCGUAACGUGUGGAAUAAAAGCGGCAAAACCAGAUGCAAGUGGUAACGAAUGUCCCCAGUAUAUUAAUGAUGAUGACCAGUUUGAAUGGUGGGCAAAAGAGUGGUCGGAGGACUUUUACGAGAAACGUAUGGACGUGGUGAAGGGGUUGGACGAGACGUGUAAGGGUAAUGAUGGGUGUAAUGGUACUAGUGGUCGUAGUAACAAGCCUGAUGGAGAAUGUAAAACUAAAUGUGAACAAUACAAACAAUUCUUAACCAAAAAGAGAAAUGAAUGGAAUGAAAAUUUCAAAAAAUAUUUAAACGAAAAAGAAAAAGAACUAGAAAAAACCACUAGUGUUAAUACUAAAGAGUAUAGUCCUGAAAUUUUUUAUUUAUUAAACCCUUGUACUUAUCAAAGUUGUGAUAACAAAUAUAUAACGGCAUUACGGAGUACCAAAGAUUAUGGUGAUAAACAAAAAUUGUGCGCAUGUGAUACAGCGUCACAAAAACCUGAUGAAACCGACCCAUGUAGUGAUAAUUUCACGGAAUAUGGUUGUACUGAAAAAAAGUUUGACAAAAAUAUUUGGAGUAGUACAUAUGUGACACACCAGACGGACAGAGGCCGCGUUUUUGCCCCCCCGCGCCGUAACAGUAUGUGCAUAGGAUGGCUCUUCUCUCCACUAGAUACAAGUGGUAGUAACAAAACAGCUGCAAAAAACGAAUUGAGAGAUAAACUGGUGAAUGCAGCGCGCGGUGAGUCCCAUUAUUUAUGGAAAUAUUAUGAUGAUAAACAAAAACAAAAAAGUGGUUCCCAAGCUGGUAGCCCCACCACAUCACCCCCAGAUGGUUACUGCUCCGCCCUAAAACGUAGUUAUUAUGAUUAUGGCGAUAUGGUCAAAGGCACCGAUCUGUGGAAUGCGGGGUACUCGCCACUAGUAGAAAAACACAUACACGACGUAUUUAAAAUGCCGGAUACCACGGGUGGUAACGAACCCACGGAGGACCAAAUAGAGAGUGACCGAAAAAAUUGGUGGGAAACACAUCGUGAACAAAUAUGGAAAUCUAUGAAUUGUACCACCAGUCCUUGUGAUACCAGUGGUAGUGAGUACCCCACCACUUAUGAUAACCACGAUCAGUUUUUGCGCUGGUUCAUCGAAUGGGGCGAACAUUUUUGUAGACACAAAAAGGAACAUAUGACGAAAUUGGAAGAAAUAUGUAUAAAGAGACAAUGUAACAGUAUGUGCGGGGGAACCACUUGUGAACCGUGUCAGAAACAAUGUGCUAAAUAUCAUAAUUGGUUAUUAACUAAAAAAAACGAAUGGAAUGGACAAAAAAGUAAAUAUACGGAGGAAUAUAAAAAUAACAAGGGAAUAAAUUAUAGUAGAUAUGAAGAUACGAAGGAACGACCUCACACCUAUCUACAAAAAAAAGCAAAUGGAUGUCAAGAUGAAGAAUUUAAUAAAUUAUUUAAGAGACAAGAUAACCAAUAUAAACCAUACAGAGUAAAAUGUAAAAAAUGUAUAGAAAAAUUAACACAAGAUAUUGUAGAAAAUAUUAAAAACAAAAAGAUUCCUGGUAGCGGUAAACCAGAAGAUAUUUUUUCUUUAUGUGACAAAGCAUGUGAAGAGGUAAAGGGUAAUGAUUGGUACAAAACAUACGUUGAAGUGGACGAAAGUAAAAUUAAGGGAAAAAGUAAUUGUGAAGGAUUAAAAAAAACAGCAGAAGAGAAAUCAAACACAAAUCCAGGGAUUAAAUGGGACAACAGUGAUGGAGGAUUUGACCAUUUGAAGAAUGAUUUAUCCUCAAAUGUAUAUAUUCCCCCAAGAAAACAAAAAAUAUGUUUUAGAGGAUUAGAUGGAAAAUAUGAUGGCAAACCUAAUGAUAUGAAAGAUGAAAAGACCUUGUUCGAACAUUUAAUGAAACUUGCUGCUAUUGAAGGAUAUAAUUUAGGAGAAUACUAUAAAAACAAAAAUGGCAAAGAUAAAUAUACUUAUGACGUCUUACCUUGUAAUGCUUUGAAAUAUAGUUUUCUUGAUUUAAGAGAUACAAUAUUAGGAACAGAUAAUUUAGAAAUUGAAAAAAAUGAUACAGAAACAAAAUUAAAGGAAAUUUUUAAAAAAAUAUAUAAUGAGGAUGAUGAUAAUGAAGACGCUGAAAAACCUGGAAGUACGUAUAGACAAAAUUGGUGGAAAAGUAAUGAGAAAUGCGUUUGGAAAGCUAUGUUAUGUGGAUAUAGAAAAAGUAGAGAUGAAGGACAAACUACUAGUGGUACUAAACCUAAACCUAGUGAUGACGACCUAAAAUCGUGUGAUUCUAUACCUAGUGAGACCAAAUAUCCCCUUGGUGAUAAUCGAGAAAGUGGCACGAACUACCAAUUUUUACGAUGGUUUGCCGAAUGGGGCGAAGACUUUUGUAAAAAACACUACGUGGAAAAGAAGAAAUUGGAAAAGGCGUGUGAGAGUUGUGAGGCCGCAAAAUGUGAUACCACCUGCACAGAAUGCAAACAACAAUGUACAGCAUAUCAACAAUUUAUUCAACCAUGGAAAGAGCAAUUUAAUAAACAAAAAACAAAAUUUGAUGAAGAUAAAAAAAAAGAUGACAUAAAAAAAACAUAUCCUGAUAUUGACACAAAAAAAGCAUAUGAAUUUAUAAGUGGGAAAUGUAUUAAUGGAAAAUGUGAAUGUAUGGAAGAAAAGUCGAAAAGUGAUGAUAAAAUACCUGCAUCUUUGGAUAAAAAACCUGAAAGUGUUAAAGAUAAAUGUGAUUGUGACAACCCUAGACCACCGAAUCCCCCCAAACCUGUGCCUAAUCCAAAUCCAACUCCUGGUACUACUACCACUAAGGAUGCGUGCGAUAUAGUGAAAGAAACACUUAAUGGUAAGGAUGGAAAAGGCCUUAUAGAAAACUGUAAACCAAAAGGUGACGCACAAUGGGAUUGUGAUGGAAGUAAGUUUCAAGACGGAGAAGGACCUUGUAUGUCUGCUAGAAGGCAAAAACUGUGUUUACAUAAAUUAGAAAAAUUGAAGGAUCAACAGAGGGCUAACGAUUUGAGAGAAGCAUUGAUCAAAUGUACUGCAAUAGAAACGUUUUUUUCUUGGGAAAAAUACAUAAAAGCUAAACAAACAGAAAAUCCAUCAACGGAUCCAAAUGAACUUCAAAAACAAUUACAAAGUGGUACAAUUCCUGCAGAAUUUAAACGUCAAAUGUUCUAUACUGUUGGAGAUUAUAGGGAUUUGUGCUUAAAUUCAGAUAUAUCAGUAAAUGAUAAACAGAUGAAUAAGAAUGUGACAGAAGCAAGAGAGAAAAUAAAAAAUAUUCUCACACGAAGUGGCCAAUCACCUGAAACGUGGUGGAAAGGUAUAGAAGAAGAUGUAUGGCAGGGUAUGUUAUGCGCCCUAUCACAUGAUAGCACACAAAAACAAAUGAUUGAUGAAACUCGCAGCAAACUCAAAUCCCAAAACGAGUACACCAAAGUGAAAUUUAGUGACACCACUACAUCUGGUGUUUCCACUGAAGGCCUCGCGGCAUUCGCCUCUCGGCCGCAGUUUUUACGAUGGUUAACCGAAUGGGGGGAACAUUUCUGUGUCACACAGAAAAAACACUACACGGAGGUACAGACACAGUGUAAACAAUGUAAUCUUGAUAGUACUAGUACUAGUUCCAAACCAACAUGUGUUACAACCAGUCCAGGAUGCUCAACAUGUAAACAGAAGUGCGCCGAAUAUCAAAAAAUGGUAAAAGAUUGGUUAAAAGAGUGGGAUCAACAAUCGAAAAAAUAUGGACAAUUAUACCAAAAAGCAACAACAAGUGGUAAGAGUGCGAGUUCACAAGACCAACCUGUGGUAACAUACCUCACAGAAAAAACCAAAACUAGUGUUCCAAAUAGUGGUGAUUAUGCUACAGCUGGUGGGUAUUUGAAACAAGAAGGAUUCAUAAGUGGGUGCGAAAAUACACAAAACGACUUUACUAGUGGUAGUAACACUGACAAAUAUGCGUUUAGAGAUUACCCGCAUGACCACGAGAGUAAGUGUACGUGUGUGGAGGCGACUAAGCCGGCGGCAACAAAAGAUAAUUCACAACAUUCGCAACAACCGGGGAAAGCACCACAACCUACCCUACCUGAUGAGGAGGAUCAGGGUACUAAACCUGGAUUCGCUCCUAUAAAUAACGCAGGAGGAACAGCACAAACUACUGUUGUUGUUAUCCCCGCUAACUCGAAUACAUCACCUGACCCCCCUGCAGCUGGUGGAACAAAUAGUGGUGAACCUGAUACAUCUAGUGGUUCUUCCUCUUCUUCUUCGUCGUCAUCUAGUUCAAGUAGUUCUAGUUCUAGUAGUUCUAGUAGUUCUCCUGGUGCUAGUCAACCUGAUAAUGAUUCGUUGAAAGAUAUGGCUUCGAAUUUAGGUUCUUUAGCCGGUAAGGCUGUAGGUUUGGGCCUUACUGCAACAGAAAAAGCUAUUAAAGUUGCAGAAAUUGUAAUGCCAAUUGCAGGAGGAACUGCAAUAUUAGGAGCUAUUAAAGCUUCAGAAAAAAUUCCUGAUGCUGUAGAUGUUGCAAGACCAAUUGCAAAAAAAGUUGGAACAAGUGUUUUAAGUGGAAUAAACGCCAUUCUUGAUGUUGUUCUCCCUACUGGUGGCAAAGGUAGUGGUUCCCAAUCUGGUAGUGCUAGUAGUCUCGAUCCUGCUGCUGUUCCUGAUCCUAAUACUGCUGGUCAACAACAUAGUGGUGGAAAACCUCUCCCUAAUCCCAAUCCUAGUCAUCCUGGCUCGAGUGGUGGACAAGGACAUUCACCUAGUGGGCCACAUGGACCUGGAUCCUCAUCAUCACCUGGAAAACCCUCGAUCCCAUAUAGUGGCACAACCGAUCUCACAACAACCGACAUUAUCACCAAAAUCGUCACGCCCACGGUCGUGCCUUGGGCUAUAGGUGUUGGUUUUGUUGGGAUAGUGUUGUUUUAUUUGAAGAAAAAACCCAAAACUUUUCCUGUGGAUAUUUUUCGUGUUAUUGAUAUACCGCAAAACGAUUAUGGAAUCCCUGAUAAAACAUCUACCAAUAGAUAUGUACCAUAUGGUCAAUAUAAAGGAAAAACAUACAUAUACGUAGAACGAGAUGGUGAUAGUGAAGAUGACAAAUAUAUGUUUACAUCUGAUACGACUGACAUGACUUCCUCAGAAAGUGAGUAUGAAGAACUAGAUAUCAAUGAUAUAUAUCCAUAUAGAUCACCUAAAUAUAAAACUUUGAUCGAAGUAGUACUAAAACCUAGUACAAAUAAUAAUGUACAAGAUACUUAUACAAAUGAUGUGAAAGAUAAUAGUGAUAUACCCACCGAUAAAUUUACUGAGGAAGAAUGGAAUCAACUGAAACAGGAUUUUAUUUUGAACAUGUUACAAACUUAUAAUAUGGAUAUACCUGAAAAUCUAAGUGGACAUACGUUCAUGUACCCACAACCUGAUACUGUGGAUAAUAGUGUAGGAGAAAAACCUUUUAUUACACAAAUCCAAGAUAGAUAUUUACAUGGUAAAAGCGAUGUUCUUAGUUAUAAUAUUGAUUGGAAUGUUCCAAAAAAUACAAAUAAGUUAACUAAUACUACAGAUGAGCCAAAAUAUGUUACAUCAAAUUAUAUAUAUACUGGAAUUGAUCUAAUUAAUGAUUCGUUAAACAGUGAUCAACAUGUUGAUAUAUAUGAUGAGUUGUUAAAACGAAAAGAAAAUGAAUUAUAUGGAACAAAACAUACGAAAAAAACAAAUUCCAAUACUUUUGCUAAACAAAUAUAUGAUGAUCCUAUACUCAAUCAAAUAGAUCUAUAUCAUAAAUGGUUAGAGAGGCAUAGAAAUAUGUACAACCAAUGGAAUAAUAAAGAAGAAAUUUUAAGUAAAUUGAAUGAAGAAUGGAAUAAUGAAAAUAAAGAUCAUUUAUUGUAUACAUCAACUAUUGAUGAUAUUAAUAGAAUUAAUGAUGAAACACAUGGUAUGAUUAAUGAAAACACACAUGAACGUAAUGAUAUAACAUCAGUUGAACAUCAUGGAUCUACAAAUAUCCCUCCUAAUGAUCUUGCAACUCAAAAUAAUGGAUUUCAUACAAAGAAGUUACGAUCAAACAUAUCAAUGGAUAUACAUUUUGAUGAAAAUAAUAAUAUACCACGUGAUAACGAUUAUUUGGAGAAUUCGUAUAAUUUUUGA